UAUCAUCGGCAUUGUACCAGCCUGGGUGGGAGGUAAAAUACCUUCUCUCCUAUAAAGCUCUCUUGCAACGGUCGCUUGCGCUCAGUUAAUAAUUUCUUUAAACUUGAACAGAUUGAAACAUGAAGAGCUUCGUGUGCGUUUUAGUGCUCAGUGCACUGGCUUUUACUGUAAACGGCCAGGAAAACUUCAAAUGUCCGGACGACUUCGGCUUCUACCCACACACCAGGUCCUGCGACAAAUACUGGAAAUGCGACAACAACGUUGCGGAACUGAAGACUUGCGGUAACGGUUUGGCGUUUGACGCUAGCGAUCCAAAGUUCUUAACUGAAAACUGUGAUUAUAUCCAUAAUGUGGACUGCGGUGAUAGAGCGGAGCUUGAACCUCCAAUUUCAACUACCCACUGUGAAAGGUUGUAUGGUAUCUUCGCUGACGAAGGCAAAUGCGACGUUUUCUGGAACUGCUGGAACGGUGAAGCUUCCAGGUAUCAAUGCUCCCCUGGAUUAGCUUACGAUAGGGAAGCACGCGUAUGCAUGUGGGCCGAUCAGGUACCAGAAUGCAAAAAUGAAGAGGUCGCAGGAGGAUUCUCGUGCCCCAGCGGUAACGAAGGCACUAGCGGAUCCUUCUCCAGACAUGCCCAUCCUGACGACUGCAGGAAGUACUACAUCUGUCUUGAAGGACAAGCACGUGAAUACGGAUGUCCCAUCGGUACCGUCUUCAAAAUUGGCGACUCUGACGGUACCGGUAACUGCGAGGACCCAGAGGACGUUCCCGGAUGUGAGGACUACUAUGGAGACCUGGACUUAAAGAGUAUCCGUAAAAGUGAACUUUUGGCCGGACUUCAAUCGAGCGGUUCGUCCAGGGCAUCCAACCCUCCUGCUAAAAAAUCAGCGAGUCCCAGACCAACCCCUUCGCGUAACACCCCCGAACCAUCCAACUAAUUAGGUAGUUUUUUUUUAAGUUAAUAUUUGACUGUUCUCUUAUAAAAAGUAAUUUUUAAAUGUGUGUUUACUACCCCUUAGGUGAUCCUUUGUAUACUGUAUAUAUUUGGUCAGUUUCACUACAGGGUUAAAGCAAGCUUAAUAUUUUUGAAAAUUCAAUUCAUCUGACCCGAUAGACUAUUUAUAUAGAAUUACAAGUAGCCCUAUUUAUAUGUAUGUUAUGAUAAAACGAAAGGUUUGCUAGGAAAAUGAUAUCUGUUAAAAUUGUACACUUUUUUUUUAAAUAAUAAUAAAAAACUUUACAAAAAUUA